AUGUUGCGAAACGACCCCCGCCAAAGUCGCAAUGUUCCUAAAUAUGGCGCCUGGUCAGAAAACCCCCAAAUAUCAGGGCUCACACCCCUCGCUCCUCUUUUUCCAAAAACACAUAUGGAUCCUACAGAAAUCGCUCUCCGGAAUAGGAUUGAAGAUUUUCAGCGAGAGCAAUUUGAUGGAUUUACCUCUCGAGAAUUGGCGGAUAUGGAUGUUAUCACUGACAGACAAUUGAAAGAGUCAACUUUAAACAAUCCCAUCAUGCCGCUAUUUCAACAGCAGAGAUGGGAGAUACAACCCCAUCAGCCGGAUUUGACGAGAGAUCAUAUGUAUCCGUUGAUCAUUGAUGGGGUGCAGAGGGGUGAUUGGUCAAUGCAUAAUCCGUUGGUGUAUGAGAAGUUGAAACCGGUUUUGCAAUUGGCGAGUAGGACUAUAACGAGCAUGUAUACAUUACCGUGGUUCGCAGCUCUGAUAUUCGGUGAAAGAGUUCCUAUCGAUCCAGCGAGGAUUCGUCCAAGAGAUGAAGUGCCAGAUAAUUUGGUUUCCUUUCUUCCAUACAAUAUCACAGAUUACAAUCUCGUUCGAAAGAGAAUGGAAGAAGUUUUUGAAGAUUUAGAAAAAAACUGGAAUUGCAAAUUCGGCUUCAUGUCACCGGAUGAAGAUCCUCGCGGUCCUGAAUAUCCUAUCGAUCCGGAAGAUACGCUUCCAGAUAGUGUGUAUGGACUUACCGUCACAAAUUAUCAAUACAUGGAAUACCACGAAGCGGAAAAUAAGGAAUGGCAGAUUUAUGUAUGGCUUGCUUAUUCCAGGUUACAGUCAUUGUUUAGAGAUGAUUUGAGUACUUCGGAGAGGAAGAUGGUGGAGUGGGCAACGGCUAUUACCCUUGUGCAUGAGAUUGUUCAUGCGAUCAAUUUUGUUUGUCCCAGGAUUGAUGGGACGAGAGUGCAGAAUCCGGAUGAUGAGAAUCCGCCGUGGUUUUUUGAUGAGGAACCGUUGGCGGAGGCGGGGUUUAGUUUUGAGGUUGCUUUAAAUGGCGGAACGGUCCGUUCUUUUACAUCGGUGAGAGGAAUGCCAUAUGGGCAUUGGUUUGAGACGAUAUGGCCAUCAGUAGAAAGUCAAGAUCUCUGUGGAUCGAAAAGUAUUACAUUGAUGAACCCCGGCCCUUUCGAUUACCAGGAAAAAUUCCCCAUCCCAGCUUCUUUUUAUGAAGACAUGCAGCAAAGAGAAUUCUGGGAUUAUAUGGUCCAUAGAUUCGGACACAAAUUAUUUCACUACCGAUCUAUCAAUCAUGGCGUUCGUCUAAAUUUCGACAUCUAUACAAAAAAUAGAACGCCGAUAAAAUUUAGAGAUAUAUCAACUAUACGUAUCAGUCCGGUUACUCCUGAACUAGGACAUGAUAAUCAAAUCCUCAGAGAAAAAUGGGAACGUGUGCAGGCGAUACUCGGUGCGCAAAGCGAACCCGAAGAGAUAAAAAUUGCUCAAAGUUUCGGCUUGUCUCUAUUGCAAAGUUCUAAAAUCGAGAAUUCGUUCUGGACACACGAAGAGGGGCAACGGAGAGGUGUCGCUGCUAUAUUUGAACAUCUCCAGAAAGAGAAUAUUUCGGAAGUAGAAAGACUCUCUGAUUUUACACACUUGAUUGGAUUUCUGUGGACGAUCGUCCAGAAUCACAAAAAGAAAAUCGACGCUCUCUUGAAAUCCGGACAAGUGGAUAUACCACAACUCCAAAUACCCUCGGAAGAACGUCGAAGAGUAUUACUCGCAUGGAAUAGAGGAACAUCUAUUUUUGUACGUGAAUGUUCUGAACAAAUUCCCGACGCACUAGAAAAUCACAAAUACGAAGUCACGACUCUGGGACUGAGUCUCGAAAUUCUGCGCUUGCAACUUUUUUCCCCGAAUCUGCAAACUGAAAAUAUUAAAUCCGGACCUGAUUUUAUGGAAUUGGCAUUUUUGCUUCGUCUGCAGGAUUCGUAUGUCAAAGGUGAUAGGGUUUCGUGUCGGGAUUCUGUGAAGAGCAUUAGGGAGAUUGAGGGAUGUUCGCUUUUUGCAUUUUUGUGUACGUUGUGGAUAGAUACGGUGAUUUAUGAGGGGUCAGAGACGGAUUUGGAGAGGAUUAAGAGUUUGAAGGGGUUUGAGAGUAUGGGGAUUUAUUGGAAGGAGUUGUGGGAUAAGAAUAGUGGGGGGGAGUGGGAGGGGAUGUUUAGGAUUUGGGAGGGGGUGAGGGGGGAGGCGGAGAUGAGGUUGAGGAGUACGCAUCAUAUGUAG